UUUGAGGUCUGUCACACGCAGACAGUUCGUGGAGUCGAGUCCUACACGGCCGUUCCGCACAACGCUGCACAGCAAGGGCCGCAACUCAGAUCAUGACUGAAGAGGCUUUUGACGUGACGGUGGUUGGCUCAUGUAUGACUGACUUAGUGAGCCAGGCACCAAGGCUACCCAAAGCCGGAGAAACCAUCCAUGGUCACAAGUUCUUCAUUGGCUUCGGAGGGAAAGGGGCCAACCAGUGCAUACAGACUGCAAGACUGGGGGCCAAAACCGCUAUGAUCUGCAAGGUUGGUAAAGACUUCUUUGGAGACAAUUACAUCCAGAAUUUCAAGGACAAUGGUGUACACACAGACUUUGUCGGGCAGACCUCUGACGCCGCCACAGGAGCUGCCUCCAUCAUUGUCAACGAUGCAGGUGAGAAUGCCAUUGUGAUCGUUGCGGGUGCCAACAUGCUGCUUGGCGGCGAGGAGUUGCAGAAAGCUCUUCCAGCCAUCAGUCAUGCAAAAGUGCUGGUGUGCCAGCUGGAGAUCAGCCCGCAGACAUCCUUGCAGGCACUGCGCAUGGCUCGGGAGAAGAAAGUAAAGACGAUAUUCAACCCAGCGCCGGCCAUUCCUGACUUGGAUACAGGUUUCUACAGAGCCUCUGAUGUGUUUUGCUGUAAUGAGUCUGAGGCUGAGUUGCUGACCGGCUCCUCAGUAACUAACGUGGAGGAAGCACAUCAGGCCGGUCUGGAGCUGCUGAAGCGGGGCUGUGGGUCAGUCAUCAUCACUUUAGGACCCCAAGGCUGCGUGGUGCUCAAGGCACAGGAGUCUACCUUUAAACAUGUUCCAACUGCUGCCAUCACAGCAGUGGACACUACGGGUGCUGGAGACAGCUUUAUUGGAGCUCUGGCAUUUUACAUGGCUCAUUAUCCCACAAUGCCUCUGGAGGAGAUGGCCCGCAGAGCCAAUCAGGUGGCAGGAGUGAGCGUGCAGGCCGUCGGCACGCAGAAGUCUUACCCCGUCAGAAAGGACCUACCGGCUGAACUGUUCUGAGAGCAGCAAGUAGACACCAGUGUGAAUGGACCAAGGCUGACCUGGGAAUCAAACUCUUUUAAAAAGGAUCUGCUCUUGAGAAAUCCAAGAAUGAACAAUAUUGUGUAACUGAGGAUUGUUAAUGAUGCAACCAAUGUUACUUAAUUGUAAAGCUGAACAUUCGACUCUUAAUGUAACGGUUAUGUGAAUAGUACCUGCAAAAGACAAUUAUUGAGUUUAUAAAACCUCUGAUCUCACUACUUUUGAACUAUUUAAUAAUUGACAAGCAUCUUAACGCUUAGCUUGCAUGGUGCAUAACUGCCUUUAAUUUAUUUAAUUACCCCAAGUAAAUCAUAUUUCACAAAUGGGAGGUGUCACAAAGUUUGACUGAAUCGUAAUCAUUAAUACUAUGUAGAGCUGUUUAAUAAUAUUUGUAACAUCAAGACAGCUGUUGUGCCCCCAAUAAAUUCAUCACUUUUACACACGAGUGGUAUUUUGUUUACAGUGGCAGGAGUCGGGUUUCUUCAGUAUCGGUCGGGGUUGCAUCACGCUGAACUGCUGCUGAGCAGAGAGUAGAGGCCUUCUGACAGAUCCAAGAAGAAAUCCUCUGAAAACGUGUCAGCAAGCCCAACAGAAAUGUUGACUGACGAAACACCUUGUAUAAUCCAUGGCAAUAAAAAGAGUCUGUUUAAA